AAAAUGUAAAACUUACGCAUGCCAUUUGUCCUCUAUCAUGUUUGUAUAAUUAAUGAUCGAUUAGCAAAAUUCUAUGUCGCAACAGUUGUCUUAUGAUUUUGCAUUAAGGUGUAUAAGUAAGGCUCGAACAUUCGACCUCCUGAUUACAGAACAGGAGCCUUAUGAUCCAUUAGGCCAUUGCAGCCAUUUGAAAUAGAACAUGUAUUAAUAUCUUGCGGGUUUCCUGUUCGGGUGGGCCACUAAGGCCCAUUUGGACCUCUUGUUUUAUAUCGGUGUAAACAUGUCCCUAGAAAUUGAAAGCUAAAAGCGUAAUAACAGCGUAAUAACAUGAAAUUUACGUACAUGUAAUUGUAUUGUAAGCAAAGUAUCGUGAAAUGUCAAGAACGUGAUGUUUGAACAUUUGUGCAAGAGAUUUCCUAUGUUCGGCCUUUCAGGUCUUCUUGUGGCGUGUGAUUGUUGUUGAGUUGUUAUUAAGGGAAUAGAUGGCCAAAUGUCUGCACGAACUCAUUCUCGCAUACCAGAUGUCUACCGUGGUUCCCAGGAUGGUUCGUCUCGUGAUUUUGACGAACAUGUGAUGGAUGAGAAUGGCACGAACUGCGCUUAAUCAAUUUGCAGUUAGAAUUAAACUUAACAGGCUUGAGAAAAAUGCAGCCGGACAUGGCAUUUGAAUGACACGUACGUCUUUCAGUACAAUCCACUCAAAGCAGAAACUUUGCGAACUGGCCUGUGCUGUUUCUUAUUAACGGUAAUGGCAGCACUUUCAACAAACAUUAUGUAGUAAAUAACAACUCGUAGGCUCAAUCCAUUAAUACACUGGCAAAUUAGCAAGAUUUGUUUACACUGGCGUAAAACUGACAUGGAAUUUGUGUAAACGGAGGUUUUUGUUUACAGUACAGUCAUGACGAUUUACAACAAAAAUGGCAGUAUGGCAGUAACUAUUGUACAACGAUUAACAACACAAGUUAUGCAGGCGUUGAACAACACAAAUGCGACAGUCAAUGUGCCGAAUUCCGGUAAUAUACAGCUUGAUGAUGAGGACGACUUCGUGGAUAGAAAUAAAUGGAAAAGUGUUGAAAAAAUGGUUCAAAUUCUUUAUAACCUGAGCACUGCUUUGGCCGUCAUCUCGUCACUAGUAGGCAUGCUCCUCUUCCUCACCAUACUGGACAGGAACCUGCGCGAAAAAUCUCAGAUGUGGUACCUGUAUCACCUAACGGCCCUCUCUGUAUUUGCUGGAUUAAUUCUGCACACAGCCUCUCAUGCCGGAAUUCUAAAUGACAGCAGACAGGCAUGCUACUUUAUCAUGUAUGGUGCAGAGUAUGUCACCUUCGGCUUAGGGAUGAACGUUAUUUUGAUCAAUAUCGAAGUAAUUUUCACUAAGAUUUUGAACCUUGAGAAAUGGGCCUCAAAUUCAUUUUACAGAUUUCUUACAUCGAUCCUGUUCGGCUGGCUUAUCGUCUGCAUGGUUAUUGCUCACGUGAUCAUUAACAACAAUAGUGCCAGUGAAAACACCUUUUGUUUCAUGCUGAAGCAGAAAUCGUUAAGAACGGCAAGAGUUGUCCUUCGUUCUCUCGUGCCGUGUGUCGUCUGCUUCCUGAUCACCUUUGCUGCAUUGAUCACUUACUAUCUGAAACGGUCCAGGAUCACUUUUACGACAAUGUCUGGAGAACUGAAAGAAAUACGAACAGAGGGUCGCAACGAUGAAUCACAAUGGCUGAGAUGUGUCAUUUUCAUGAACAUCGUUUUCUUUAUCCGGGAGAUUGCCAUGGUGGUUUUGUACUUCAAGGAUACAAUUCAAGGCCCCGACGAGUAUAAAUGGAUAAUUUUCGUUAUAUUUGUUCACGUUCAGGCAAUGUACACUGUGCCAUUCUGUAUGUUCUUUAUAGAAGACGUGCGCAUGUCGCUGAAAACUAUCGCAAUGAAAGUUUUGCAAAAAAUUUCGUUCGGGAAACUGAGGCUUGGAGAUGACCUUGAAAGCUUAGCCGUUAGUUUUGGUAACCCGUCUCAUUCCGAUAACUCAUAAAAAAACUUUGGCAAUGGCAUAUAAUGAAUGCACUUUUAUUAAUGUUUUAUAUGUAUACGCCUCUCGCAACUCUUUACAAUUAUCUAAAAAGACGCUUUAUAGUGUAGUCUCUUUAAUCAAAAGUUGUUUUUACAUGAAAUUUAACAUAUUAAAAGCUUUUCACAUGUG